AUGGCUGCAGGAAGACUUCCAAUCAUGUUUCUACUCCUGUCCUUGCACCUGGGCCUCGGCUGGGUUGCUGAUGCUCAAGAGGCUCCUGUGGCAGAUGACCGCUCAUCCGAGGAGAUGGCAGAGACUAAAGGGACCUGGAAUCCCCAUCGGGGUAAUAACCAUGUCCGCCUCCCAAGAGCCCUGGCUGGUCCAUGCCAGCUGUGGAGCCUGACCCUGCCUGUGGCUGAGCUGGGCCUGGGCUAUGCCUCAGAGGAGAAGGUCAUCUUCCGAUACUGUGCUGGCAGCUGUCCCCGAGAGGCCCGAACCCAGCACAGCCUGGUGCUGGCCCGGCUGCGAGGGCAGGGUCGAGCCCACGGCCGACCCUGCUGCCAGCCCACCAGCUAUACUGAUGUGACCUUCCUGGACGAUCGUCACCGCUGGCAACAGCUGCCUCAGCUCUCAGCCACUGCUUGUGGCUGUGGUGGCUGA